GCUGGGAAACACGGCAAUGGUUAUUGUAGGCUACUGUCUCGUCUUAUUAAACAUUUUAGAAGACCAGGAAAAAAACAACUCAGAAUGUAUAGCGGACUUCUUCCAAAGGAUCUGUCAGAAGCAGACCUUAGUUCUGACGAUAGCGAAAAUGGUGUGUGUGAAGGGGACCGCGAUGCUAGUGAAGCAAUUGUAAGAGAAUCUAAAGAUGAUGCUAUCGCACUACUAUCCAGUGAAACUUCAGUCACACAGGUUGAAGCUCUUCAGUUUGUUGACAGUGCUGGGGACGGCAAUUCUUCAGAUGAAUGCUUACCUGGGGUCUCUAAGGAGAUGUGGAAAAAGUUCAAACACCUUCAGAAGCGAAAGGACGACCAGAGCCGAGAGUUACCAUCAACAAAGCGAAAAAGAAAGCACAGAGCAAAUAAAAGAAAACGUUCUGACCCUGAAACUCUGAACAAAGAGUCUAAAAAGGCGGAGGAAGUGAACGCGCCAGAGAAACAUCUGGAUGGAUUGAAGCAGUAUUUUGGCAUUAAUGACAGAUUUGAGCCCCCGGCCUGUAGCAAGCGUCCUUGUCAAUCUGGACUACAGAAGACUAUUGACAGUGCUAUUGCUGAAGGGGAAUUUGAAAAGGCAGAGGAGCUGAGUGACAGAUUGGCUACUCGAGAGUUGGGUGUCAAAAUCAAGAACGCAGUUGAUUGCCGUGACUUUGUGCAAGCUAAACAGGAAAUGGAGGCUUCCAAGGCAGCCCAGCAAAGAAAGAAGAGUGUUGUUUGGGGUUUUGAAGCAAAGCAAAGAUGGGAAACUAAAAGCAACAUGGGCUACAUGUGAGACUGACAAGAGGUUUUGUUAGUCAGCAAAACAUUUAGUCAGACAUAGCUAUCUUUCUAUUUCAUGUUAAU